AUGAAGAACUUGGCCGUAGUUAAGCAUUUUCUGAUCGGAAUUCCAAUAUUCCACGUUCUUUUUGUCCUUUUUGGGGCCCCAUUUUUUGUGUAAGUUGUCAAACCUUUUGGAAUUAGUUUUUUAGAAACAUCGAGUGGACAUUAGCCUUGGCCGUUCUCCAAAGUCUUUGUUCCGCCGUUCCAUUAAGUCUAGCCGUUGACGGGAAGACCGACGAUAUUGUGCCUUUUGUCCUCGACGACAACGAGACGUAUGUCUUCAUUUUAUAAUUAAGUAGAUCGUUUUUGUAGUAAACUUAUUUUGUGAUUUUUUCAGAGAUCCCAAAAGAAAAGGAUUAAAGUUAAUCUCCUUCUGCGCCCUGUUCGGCAACUGGUUGUCCUGUGUGGUUAUUCCUCUCGAUUGGGACCGUUGGUGGCAAGUAAGUUCUUACUUCUGUGUUUGUUCUGCUGUAAUUAUGUACAAUAUUACUUCGCCUUUUAUUUUCAGAAAUAUCCUAUUCCCAACUUUUUUGGAAUUUGCGGAGGACUUUUUAUCGGAUUUAUAUUGGCAUAUCUCUUACGAUCCGUCAACGUUUUUAAGUGGCCCAAACGUUCCUUCUCCAAACAUAUCAAGUCGGUCUAG